AUGGACGUCGGUCGGGAGUUAUUUCGGCAACGAUAGUUUCGCGGAGCCGCGCUUCUUGCAGAGUCGUCUCCUGAUUCCAAAACAGGUACGGAUCCCAUUUCCUUGGGAUUUCCGAAGCUUUCUCGGGUUAAAAUAGUUUUCGGAGGUUGUUGGCUCCUAAAGGGUAUUCACGGAACUGGUGGCUUGACCCAUCGAAAAGGGUCCUGAAACGAAGAAAAAAGAAAUAGUGUCUAGAUUGUGGAGAGUGCAGAAAUUGUCUUGCCCGAACCAGCCCUGAACAGUCUAUAUAUGGAAUCCAGGACGUUAAAAAAAAAGAAAAAAACGAGAUUUGAGGCAAAAAACAACUUGUAGAGCUUUUCCUACGUUUUCAAAACGUAUGGGAAAAAUAUUAAUUUUAUCUUACAAGGAGAUCAUUUUACUUUACGGUUGGGAACUUCCUGAAAUUUAGCCAGAAAACUCCUUGAUGUAUCAGAAGAUUUUGAAAGUCCCAACCUGCACGAUUUCCUCGUUUUGGAGAAAAUACACUCCAAACCCCUCAAAACCCAUAAAAAUAGGCUAUUUUGAGACUUUGAGCUCGACUUUUACGAAGUUAAAAAAAACUUAAUUUUUGCCAAAUAUACAAUAAAGACGUUAAAAACUCAAUAAAAAUCCUGCACCUUUUGGAAAUCUAGCGGAUAAAAUAAAUGAUCCAAAAAAUCAGAAGCAUCAAAGUUUUUUUUUCAGGACGGAAAAUGUCGGACAAUAAAGGAGGACCGAACGUGAGUUUGAAACGAAGUCGAGACGGAAAAGCUCCUUUGAGGGCCUUGGAAGGUCCUAAAAUGAUGGGAAAAUACUUUUAGCUUUUUCUUGAAUCCUUUCCGGUGCCACGACAAGAGCGAGUUUUCCAUUUGCGCGGAGUACUGUAUGCAAAAAUGCGCAUUGCUUGUUCACACUUUCGUUGCGUGACGUCACCAGGUCUCCGGGUUUUUUGUUUCCGAGUUUUUUUUUGCGAAUAUUUUUAAACUUUUUUUUGUUUUUUUCAAGGUAUGCAUUUUUCUCGAUAUAUAUACACGAUGAAAAACAGUAUCAAGAAAAAAAAAAUUGAACAAUAUUCUAAAAAAAACCCGGAGACAUCCUACCCGGUGACGUCACGCAACGAAAGUGUAAACACGCAAAGUGUAUGCACGCAAUGCGCAUAUCCGCAUACCGUACUUAGAGACCGCAGAGCCACGCCCCUUUUUGCGAUGGUGAAAUGCACUGAUUUUUUAGAUUUUGUGUUUGAUGUUUUCGUAAAAGCACAAUACUGAACCAAACACAGAGAAAAUUGGGAGAAACAUAGAGAAAACCUUCCUCUUCAAUCUGAUAUAUUUUUCCCCCGAUUUUCGUAGCGUUUUAGCGGAGUGUCGUACAAAAAACCGAAACUACUUUUUUUCUUCGGGUUUUUAACCUAGUUCCAUGUCGUUGGCGCCUUUUUUUAUUUUCGAAUUCGAUUUUUUUAAGUGAAAAAAACAAAUCUUUUUAAGACAAAAAAAUUAAAAAUUUUUUUACGGUGCCUAAUCUUCGUGAGGCCGCGCAAAGUUGAAAAAUGUUCUACUCGCUUUCCAGAGCAUGUAAGUAAAAAAAUUUUUUUAUUUUAACUUGUGGAUUAAAUUGUAACUAAAAUUUUAUUAAUGUAAAACUUAUUCCGAAAAACUUUGUUUUCUGAGAAAAAAAUAGACAGUGAAAAAUUUCGAAAUUUAUUUUUAACAUGGUUAGAUGUCGUUGGCGCCUUUCUUUAUUUCUUAAAUAUUAGCGUAUCUUAAUUUUCAACCAAUUAAAAAAAUAAAAUAAAAAAAUUUUUAGCGGUGCCUAAAAAGUUUAAUUAUUGUUAAUUUGGAGCCAACGUUAAAAAAAUAACAAAAAAACGCCGAAAAAGGGAGGUAUUUUUGAACUGAAUCUUUAUGAAUAAAUUAUUUUUUUAAGUGGUCCAAACACACAUGACUAAUAAUUGUUCAACUAUCAUAACUUUUUUUAAACAAGAUAGUCGGUAAAUGCUGUACUUUGAGGUGAAGUGGUGUAUAGCGCGAACGCCUCUUAUCUCCGAGAGAUGUGUGUGGAGCAGCGCAAGUGCGCUUGCAUACAGUUUUGAUAUCGCGAGUUCAAUCCUCGCAGCGGCCAUUUUUUUUUAUUUUUCAAGAAAAAAUAGCUUUUCUUUUCAAACUUGUGGUUUUAUACUGUUUUAAUGACUUAUUACGACUUUGAAAACCGUAAUAAACUACUAAAAAAUUUAAAUCCGAUAUGAAAACACAAUGAACGACCAAAAAGUGUAAAAAUCUAAACUUUCAGUACUAAAUUUCGCGACUUUUUUUCACUACUGUUUUGACCAUAACUUUUUUUUUCUCAACCUUUUUCGAAAAAAACUAAACAGUUUUUGAAUAGUAAAUUAGAGCAGCUAUCCAACCAUAGUGAUAUUGAAGUUCGAAAAAUUUUUUGAAAAUUCGUCUGCGGUCCCUAACCGUACUCCUCGCAAAUGGAAAACUCGCUCUUUUCGUAGCACCUCCUUUCCAGCGUCUUUUAAUUAAAGUAUGUGAAAAAGGUGCAAAAGUAAAAUGAAUAAGGUACUUGGGGACCCUUAAAAGGUCUUUUUCGGAAGAAGCUUUUCCGUUUCUUUUCCAGAACUUUCCAAAUGAAAGAAAAUGGAAGAAAUGUUGUUUUUCAGAUGGGCCAGGUGGCACCUGUGCCGUUUUUAAUCGGCUUGGGCGGUGGAUUUCUGUUCGGAAUCUUUCUUCUCAUCCUCCAUGUUGUCCUUGUCAAGUAAAUUCUUCCCAAAGCCCCGAAAAUGACAAAUUAUUUGAGGAAACUCGUAAAAGACCGACUCAAGCACAUGCCCAAGGCGCGUAAGGUGAAGGUGAAGAAGGGCAAGAAGGCCAAGAAAGGCGGAAAGGACAAGGAGAAGAAGGAAAAGAAGGGCAAGAAGAGCAAGAAAUGA